AUGGGCGAAAUUUCUGACACGCUUCUGGGCCUUGGUCAUGGGCUUGCGAAGCGAGCUGCACGAGAGCAGGCGAGUGGGGGAAUUCUGUCAGGAGAAAAUCCAGCUCAUUUUGACACGGCAAAUCCGAUACGCAUAUGGGUUAUCCAGCUUAUUCUUAUCGUAUGCAUGACCCAGGGACUUGCCCUCUUAUUCGCAAAAAUCAACCAGCCACGCGUUAUAGCGGAAGUUGUUGGCGGUAUUCUGCUUGGUCCCACAGCUUUUGGUCGAAUCCCCAAUUUUUCGGCAACAGUGUUUCCUCCUCAAUCGCUCCCGUAUCUGAGCUUAGUGGCGAACAUUGGCCUAUGCCUCUUCAUGUUUGUAACUGGCAUGGAAGUGGAUCUCGCUGUGUUCAGGCGAAACGCCAAGAAGUCGAUCGUCAUUUCAGCUGCGGGCAUGCUCUUGCCCUUUGCCGUAGGAGUUGGAGUUGCGGUUCCUGUUUACCACAAAUUCGUUAAUCCGGGGGACGCUUCAUUUGGCCUGUUUCUCUUAUUCAUCGGUGUGGCCAUUUCGAUCACCGCGUUCCCUGUUCUGUGCCGUAUUCUGACGGAAUUGAACCUGUUGGAUACACACGUCGGGAUCACCACCCUGUCUGCUGCCGUUGUGGAUGACGUUACUGCUUGGAUUCUCUUGGCUUUGACCGUCACUCUUAUCAACGCCAGUGAUGGGCUCACUGCGCUCUGGAUUCUGCUUACUUGUGUUGGGUGGAUUCUUUUCAUUGUUUUCCCUAUCAAAUGGGGAUAUCUAUGGCUCGCUAGGCGUAGUGGAAGCCUCGGCAACGGCACACCCACCCCAUCCAUGAUGACUGUCACUAUGCUGCUCGUGUUCGUGAGCUCUUUCUUCACCGACGUGAUCGGCGUGCAUGCUAUUUUUGGAGCCUUUAUCGCUGGUUUGAUUGUCCCUAGAGACAACGGCUUUUCGAUUUCGCUUCUUGAAAAGAUCGAGGACCUGGUCUCGAUUUUGUUCUUGCCCUUGUACUUUACGCUCUCAGGUCUCAAGACUGACCUUGGUCUUUUGAACGACGGUACUGCUUGGGGGUAUACCUUCUUGGUUAUUGCGGUGGCUUUCCUGGGUAAAUUCGUUGGUUGUGCCCUUCCUGCACGCUUGAUGGGUUUCAACAACCGCGAAGCCGGAGCAAUUGGCAUGUUGAUGAGCUGUAAAGGUCUCGUCGAACUUAUUGUGCUCAAUAUUGGCCUAUCCGCUGGUAUUCUCGACACCAAGGUAUUUUCCAUGUUUGUCAUGAUGGCCGUCAUCUUGACCUUUAUUACUUCGCCUUGCACCAUUUUAAUUUACCCCGAACACGCGCGCGAGCAUGCUUCUCCGAACAAGUCUUCCAGUGAAACUCCAGUCAACAGGACUCGCCGGCGCUCGACCUCGAACACCACUGGGCCUAUUUCCCUCAUGACACGCUUCACCGUUGUGCUGAGCAAAGUUGAACACCUCCCAGCAGUCAUGACAUUGACACAAUUCUUGCAACCUCCCCAGACAAUAAGUUCGACUAUGUCUAAAGCGCAUUUGAUUGGGUACUCUGACGAAAAGGUGGACGUCUUGGAUCCAAACUCUCAGGCGAUCUCACCUCUCGCUGGAAAUCUGCCCGUCCUUUCCGAUGGAACCCCUCGAGUAUCGAUCGACGCACUGCGUUUGAUCGAGUUGACUGAGCGCACUUCUGCAGUCAUGAAAGGUACUGGGUCGGAAGAGCUGAUGCAUCGUGAUACUGUAAUCAGCGUUAUGCGCACGUUUGGGCACCUGAAUCGAAUCCCAGUCUCGUCCGUGCUUUCGAUUGUUCCCCGGGAUUCAUUCAGCUCGAGCGUUACCUCUCAUGCACGCGAAACUAAUGCUGAUCUUGUGGUUAUCCCAUGGAACUUGGCUCGCUCGACGCUUGAAGACACACCGCAAAUGACUAGCGGAGUCGUUCCGCAGAAUCCAUUCGAUGCUAUCUUUGGUGGCAGAUCAGCGGGAGCAGACAAGACUAUUACCAUGAACUAUUCGCAAUUCAUUCGUCGUGUAUUUGCCGAGUCUCCGUCUGACGUUGCGCUCUUCAUCGACCGUGGUUUAUCGCCUUUGGAAACGAAUACUACGUACGGCCAGCACAUAUUCUUGCCGUUUUCUGGUGGCCCAGACGACCGUCUCGCUCUUGCCUUUGUAGUACAGCUCUGCACGCACCCGGCUGUUUCGGCUACUGUUAUGAGGAUGAAAAAGACAGAUGGACUCGAAGAAGUCGAAACUCGCUUUACAGACUUGAAGGCUCAACAGAGUACUACCGAACUUGAUAACAACAUAACCGUUCAUUCGCUCGAACCCGAUACUGUAUAUCCCCAGAAUACCACACAGCAUCGUCUCCAGUCUGAAGCUGCCGACAAUCUGCUCUGGACCCAAAUGACUUCUUCUUCUGCGGUUCAGUCCCCAGUGGUUCAAAACACGCGCUCUCGCGUUACUUUUGUAGAAGAUGAAUCCCCCGUCCUCUUGGCCGGAAUCCUACAACGCUGCAAGUUUGAACAUACCACCGCCACGUCGAACAACAAAGCUCUACUAGUCGUUGUCGGUCGUGGACGGAGAAUGGCCGAGUUGUACACGGAUGAACUCCGUGGACUUGUCGCUUCGUCGAACGCGUCCGCGACGAUUGGCAGCGAGGUUCGACGCACUGUGGGAGAUGUGGCGACUGCGUUUGUUGCGACGGGUACCAGCGCGAGUUUGUUUGUCUUGCAGGCCGCGGAGAAUGUGAGGGACGAUUGA